GGCGCCCUUGGUUUAGCCGGCCGGAUUCCCGGAUGCCGCGGCUCUUCCCGGGGAUCUGAAAGAGAAGUGCGGCGGAGACCCCCGGCUCCCAAGCACGGGGCGGGGGGGGGAGAAGGGAAUCCCGCUCAUUUGCAUGCGAUGACGCAUACCCCGCCAGGCCACGCCCUCCACGCAGCAGGGAGAUCUUCUUCAGACGCCCCCCCCCCCGGUCCUCUCCCCUCUUCUUCCCACCUGGAGACCCCGCAGAAGGUGAGCAGCCUCCCCGGACUCCACCUGCCGCCCCUGCCGGCCACUUGCGGGCUCCGAAGGGCGGAGAGAAGCGAUGCAAGGGAAAAACCUGGGCAGCGAACUCGGAAGUCUGGGAAGCGGCGCGCUCCUCUUCCCUUUCGUAGCUCUGCCAGCCCUCCGGCCACGUUUCACUUUCGGUUUCGCCUGGGCGCUGUCCGCGGAGCAUCAGCUGCGCUUCUGGCGGCGAGCAUGGAGACCCUGCCCGAGGACGCCCUGCUUGCGGUGCUGGUUCUCGUGCCCGCCCGGGACCUGGUGCUUUGCUGCCGGCUGGUCUGCUCCCUCUGGCGUGGGCUGGUAGACUUGCCUUCGCUCUGGAGGCUCAAGUGCCAACGGGAGGGCUACCGGCCAGAGCCACUGGACAGCCACGUCCCGGACUGGCGGGAUUUCUACUUCCUGUGCAGCCUGAAGAAGAACCUGAUCAAGAACCCCUGGGCUGAAGAAGGCUUUGAACACUGGCAAAAAGAGUUGAACGGAGGCAGUGGCUGGAAAAUCGAGCAGCUUCCGGGAGAUCACGGGAGAAAUUUCCCUCUUCCCCAUGUUCAGAAGUACUUCGUGACGUCUUACGGAUCAUGCAUGAAGAGGCAGCUGAUCACCUUACGGGAUGAAGGCUACUGGGACCAGUUGAUGGAUGACGCCCGGCCUGAUAUUGUGGUGAGCGACUGGUACGCUGCGCGUUUCGACUGCGGCUGUCAGUACCAAAUCUGCGUGAGACUCCUGUCCAAAGACUAUAUUGUUCUCCAGGAGUUUCUGCCGGAAAAGGUGGAGAUCGAACAGUGGAGUGAUGCAGAAUGGCGCAAGGUGUCGUACACGUUUCACAACUAUCCUCCUGGGGUCCGUCACGUCUUAUUUAGUCACGGAGGCCAAGACACGCAAUUCUGGGAUGGCUGGUACGGUGUGCGAGUGACCAACAGCAGCCUCACUCUGGGUCCCCAAGUGGCAGGUUGAUGGACAAGGGCUGCGACGGUUUGAAUGGACUACAACUCCCAUUGUGCCCAGUAAGUGGCUCUGAGGGAAGGUCAGUCUAACCCAGGGGUGGGGAAUCUGGGCUCUUUUAUGACUGGUGGACUUCAACUCCCAGAAUUCCUGAGCCAGCAUGGGGGAACUAUGGCCCCCUCAUGACUCGUGGACUUCAACUCCCAGAAUUCCUGAGCCAGCCAUGCUGAGGGG